AGCAUUGUAUGUGCAGAGCAUAUAGUAGAACAAGCAGGUGCAGAGCAUUGUAUGUGCAGAGCAUUUUAUGUGCAGAGUGUGUGUAGAAUGGUAGGGUAUACGGUGCGAGCGGCAGAGCCUGGAGACUGUGAAGACAUUAUGCGAAUGAUUAAGGAGUUAGCGGAAUUCGAGAAAUUACCAGAUCAGGUGAAAACCAGCGCAGACGUUCUCCGACGUGAUGGGUUUGAGGAGCCCUCACCCCUGUUUAAGUGUCUAGUGGCAGAACUUGAAGAGAAAGAUCGAGAAGAUGGAGGCCCUGCCAUCGUGGGGUAUGCACUCUCGUACUUUAUAUACAGCACAUGGAAGGGUCGGGCACUGUACCUGGAGGAUCUAUACGUCAUGCCAGCCUUUAGAGGUAAAGGGAUUGGCUCAACGCUCUUUGUUGCGGUUGCCAAGUCCUGCAUGGAUCUUGGCUGUUGCCACCUGCAGUUGUCAUGCUUGGAUUGGAAUAGUCCAGCCAUCUCUUUCUACAUGUCUCGAGGGGCUCUCAAUCUAUCUAAGGAAGAGGGAUGGCGAAUGUUCCGAUUCCCACCGGAUGCCCUGCGACGAAUCACUACAGACCCCGCAGUCCAAGGCCUGGAUUCUGCCAAACCAUGAAUCUUUCACCAUUUACACAGCAAUGAAAUAGCUUUAUGAAGCCUGCGCUGGUGUGAAUCUGGCCAAUCACAAUCUGACUUUAGCAGGUGCUGUAGAAAUAUAAUGUAGAGGAAUACAGCGUGACCAACUACGUCCUCCUUGGUGAGAUGCUACCAGCUGUCCUACUGCAUUCUGAGCCGUGUUAUAGUGUUACAAUAAAAUUACUUUGACCAAGCAUU